AUGAGCGACGAAGAUGAAACCGAUAAGGUGAGUAUCGAAGAGACGGACGAAGUUGAGGUUGAGGAGGAGGACGUGCAGGAGGAACACGCAGAACAGCAGGAGGAGCAGGAAGAGGAAGCGCCGGAAGCGCAAGCCGAGCAAGAAGCGCAGGAAGCACAGGAGCAGGAGGAAGCGCAGCAUGAAGAGCAGCAGACAGAACAGCAGGAAGAACAGCAGGAAGAAGAGGAAGAGGAGCAAGAAGCGACAGAAGUGGCCAAAGACGACUCCCCCGCAGAGGAAGUUGAAGUGCCACCUCCCGUCCCACUCGCCGAAAUACUACGUGACGGAGAUUCCGUCAGGCUGAAGGGCUUGCAGUCCGACACAUCGAUGAACGGCCGGUUGGGAAAGUUCCGCAGACUGGAAAACGAGCAAGACGGCGGACGCUUCCUGGUUGACCUAGGGACUCGUGGUAUUGUCCGUGUACGGGAGGCCAACCUCGAGAAGGUUGAACCUACACGGCGGAGUGAGCGUCUUGCAAAGGUGAAGCGAGCACCUGCCAAGCCUGCCAAGCGAAGCGAAAAAACGCCGAAAAAGCCAGAUCGCGUAAAGGCGAAAGCAGCACCGAAAGCGCCGCCCAGAGCCACUCCAAAGGUUACAGCUGUCAAGAAGGGGAGCAACAAAGCCGCUCGUGCAGCCAAAGAAAAGACCUCAGGAGCCGCUGCAGCCGAAAAGACCUCGGGGCAGCUCUUUGUGGUGGGCGACUAUCGCAUUCGCUCUGACCCCUCCCUCGAGGUGCAGGACUCGUCUUCAAAAUGGCGGCCGUGCCACAUCUACGAGAACUACAAGGAUCACCACAUCGUCAUCUGGUACGGCGGAAACGAGUACGAGGGACUCGGGGGCAAGCCAUACAGGCUUACGGGCAUCAGCCCGGAAGCCAUCUUCAAGGGUCAGCUUGGCCAGCUGCUGGAUUCGGAUGGAGAGCGAAUUCCAACCAGAAAGAGGCCAAUGCGCUGA